AUGCUACUUAAGCCUGAGCCGCUGGCACGGCCGACAGGAAGGAGACAUGAGAGGUACUAUUUCGCGGAUGGGAAUAUGACGUUCUUGAUCCAGGGCGUUCUCUUCAAGAUACAUAAGUCCGUGUUAGCCAUGCACUCUGUCCGCCCUCGAUGGAUGAAGGCAGCCAGCGUCGAUCCAUCAUCUGACACGAAACCGAUAAACCUUGGUCAUAUCACCGCUCUCGAAUUUGAACGCUUUCUGUGGAUCAUAUACCCACCGGUCUUGGGUGAGACGAAGACCAUGUCCGUAGAAGAAUGGACCUCCAUCCUCGAGCUUGGCACCCGCUGGGAGCUAGAAUCCCUUCGCUUGUUGGCCGCCAAAUCGCUCUGUUCCCUUUCUAUCGCACCCGUCGAAAAGAUCGUCUUAUGGCAAAGGUUCAACCUCGACAAGUCUCAGCUGGGGGACGCUUAUAAAGCCCUCUGCAUGCGCCCCGAAUCGUUGACGUUGGAGGAGAACGUUCAGUUAGGGAUGGAGACGGUGACACUCCUUGCGAAGGCAAGGGAGAGGUUCGUGAAGGGUCCCGCUGUUGUGGGCAGGCAGCUUAUGCCAAUAGCCCCGUUACCUGGAGAUAAGGACAGACUUAUUGGAGCCAUCAUGCAGGAUGUGUUUGGCUGA